GUAGAAAGGCGACCAGAGAAGGCAAAACUAAACUGACAGUCUCAACAUAGUGAUUGGAUUUGCGGGAACAAGGGCGCAGAUAAAGUUCCUGAGAUACUGGCCAAUCGGCGUUCAAGACUGUCUGGGAGACCGGGAAGGGGACGAAAGGGUUCUCUGGUCACAUGCCGAGUGGUCUAGUGGGAGGAGCAGUUGCCCAGCGGCCUCUCGGUGCUUCCUGUUUCCGGUUCCCGGAGUGGAGCACAGCGAGGCGCCGGGGGAGGGCUGGCCGCUGAUUACGAGCUCUGGGACCGGGGUCUGCGGCUGGCCCAUCGCUGGCCCGGUCUCCCAGCCCCAGACAGAUACCCCCGGGGGGAUUCUGAGCUUUGGCUACUCCGUUUGCCCCCGACACGGAGCUUCCGCUCUUGGGACAUAGAGCUACUUCUCUGAGGCUACUUCUCUCUUGAGUUUUUUCAACGUCGGGCCUUUUAGCCAAUUGGGGCUGCUCUUCGAAAAGUGUAGGCUGCUGGAGAAAAGGAUAAGGGCUCCUACAUCAGAAAUGAGCCAGCGGGAAGAGAGGAGAGAUUCCAUUGAAAAAUGGAAAAUGACCAUGACUAGUCUUGAGUCUUGAUGGGGAAGUGAGUGCUACAGAGCCCCAAUGGUGAUGUUCCCCUUCCACAGCUGCUGGAGGAUUAGACUCCUAAUGCUACUACUUCUGGCUGUGGCAGUGAAAGACUCCUGGCAGACAGAAGAAAAAACUUGUGACCUGGUAGGAGAAAAGGGUAAAGAGUCAGAAAAAGAGUUGGCUCUGGUGAAGAGGCUGCAACCACUGUUUAACAAAAGCUUUGAAAGCACUGUGGGCCAGGGCUCUGACACAUACCUGUAUAUAUUCAAGGUAUGCCGGGAAGCUGGCAACCACACUUCUGGAGCAGGCCUGGUACAGAUCAACAAAAGUAAUGGGAAGGAGACAGUGGUUGGGAGACUCAACGAGACUCACAUCUUCAAUGGAAGUAAUUGGAUCAUGCUGAUCUAUAAAGGGGGUGAUGAAUAUGACAACCACUGUGGCAAGGAGCAGCGUCGUGCAGUGGUGAUGAUCUCCUGCAAUCGACACACCCUAGCGGACAAUUUUAACCCUGUGUCUGAAGAGCGAGGCAAAGUCCAAGAUUGUUUCUACCUUUUUGAGAUGGAUAGCAGCCUGGCCUGUUCUCCAGAGAUUGCCCAUCUCAGUGUGGGUUCUAUCUUACUUGUCACGUUUGCAUCCCUAGUAGCUGUCUAUAUCAUUGGGGGAUUCCUAUACCAGAGACUGGUGGUGGGUGCCAAGGGAAUGGAGCAGUUUCCCCACUUAGCCUUCUGGCAGGAUCUUGGCAACUUGGUAGCAGAUGGUUGUGACUUUGUAUGCCGUUCUAAACCCCGAAGUGUGCCUGCAGCCUAUCGUGGUGUGGGGGAUGACCAGCUGGGGGAGGAGUCAGAAGAAAGAGAUGACCAUUUAUUACCAAUGUGAUUGCACUUUAAAUGUCCAGCCUUUUCUUCUGUCCCCCAAACCAAAGCAUACUCAGCCAGAUUUCUCAAACAGUCCGUACUCAGGCCUCUCAUCUCACCCUUACUAUUGCUCUUGCUUUCCAGUUUGCUUUUGACUUGUAUCCUUUUCUCACUAGUAGAACUCCCUUCCCUUGGUUCCCUAUUUUCUGUUUUUCUCUCCCUAGAGGUACAGUUAUGAGACUCAUAUACUAGAGCCUAUGAAAACAGAGGGUAUUGCACUCUUGGUAUCAGAAGGUACAAGUAAAAUAGGUAUAAUGGGCAAAAGGGUGCAGCAGGCUUCCUGGCCCUUUGUUUUUUUAACACAUUUUCACAAGUUUUUGAGACACUGGAUUUCUUUAAUUAAAACAAAAAGGCAAAGAAGUAUUAUUUAUACAGGUUUGAUUGCUUUCAUGUUAUUACUCUGCACCCUACAGUAGUCUCCAUGAGAAUCUGGUAAAUUUCUUGCUGCUUGGAAUUACUUUGCAGUGAUUACUUGGUUAUAAUCCAUGUACUCCCAUUUGUUCUGAGCCUGAAGAUAUUUUAGACUUGCUUCUCCCACCUCUGGGAUUAGGAAAGGAAAAGUGUGAAAUAUCCCAACUACAGGAUUACUAGAUACCAUCACAUCACUUGUUGGCAUUGGAGUAACUUUAUCGCUGGACUUGGGGCCCUGCAUUGUAGGCUUGUGGUUAACAUUCCACAGAGCCAAAAUGCCUACUCCAGUUUAUUAGAGAAGUUGAACUGACCUCCUUUGCUAACGGAGUUCCGGAAAAGAGAAGUCUAUUUACUAUGCAGUGAUGGCAUCUUCUUGAUUUUUUUUUUUUUUUCUCUCAUUUGUAGUAAAAGCUGGCAAAAUUUUCUUAUUCCCAUUUCCUGCUACCAGCAUUUCUAAACAUGUUGCACUUUCUUCGCAGGCAUGUGGUUUUAGUUUUUUGGGGUUUUUUUUAAUCUUCUGGAAAGGGAAUGGAAGCAGAUGUGGGACAUCUAGAGUUUUGCUGUUCUCUGCUUUGGGUGUGGAAUGCUGCUGCACCUGUCCCUUCUGCUGGCUCAGGGAAGUAUCUUCUUGCCCACAUUUCUGUGGAGAAAGGUUUUUAAUCCUCUGAUGCUUCCAUCUUUCUGUUUAGGCCAUGUGCCCAGAAACCUGGGCUGAUCUUUCUGUGAUAGUGAACCCCUGGGCCACUGAAGAGUAACAUGGCUCCACUGGACACAAAAGAGGGAUGGAAAAAAUAGACAGGGGGCCCUUUAUAAGCCUUCAGAGAAGAAAAUGAAAUUAUUUCAUCUUUGGACUUUACUAUUGGAAUGAUUUUUCUUCUUUCUAAACAGGGAAAAUGUUAUAAAAGCAUCUUUUUUGUUAUUUCUUGCAUCUCUCCCCCAACACCCUGGUGUUUUAAAGUGAAAACAAAAGAACACCACUUUUUGUACAAAAACACUUAAUGAUUAAAAAAGAAACAAAA